UUAUGGUUUCUGCUUCCCGUCACACAGAUAAAGAGAAACUGGUAGAGAUGCUUCAUGCCAUGAAACAAAAAAGUGCCUCAACAGCAGUGACCGUGAAAAGCUCACCACGAGACAGUCCUACCAUUGUCCAGGCUGAGCCACAAGUGCAGCAAACUGCUGUGGAAACAGAUAAACCAGUUGGCGUUGCUGCUGCUUCUCUGCCAGAGACUCAGAAGACAGCUGAGCCCAGCAGAAUAGAACAGCUGAGACCACAUGAGCUUCAAAGGGCCAAGGAGACUAUUCCUGUCUCAGUUGAGAAGCCCAAGUUGAGUGAUGGGCGCACAGCCAAGAAAAGCCUGAGCAUCCUGAACUACGUCCGGGGGCCUCUGCCCAAAGACAUUCCUGUGCCACUGUCGCACAGUAUGAAUGGGAAGAACAAGCCAUGGGAGCCCUUUAUAGCUGAGGAGUUUGCACAUCAGUUCCAUGAGUCUGUAUUGCAGUCUACACAGAAAGCACUGCAAAAACACAAAGGUAAUGCAAUGGCGCACACUGCAGAACAUAACCACAAAGUUGAUGCCUCCAUUCAUUAUAACAUUCCGGAGCUGCAGACCUCAACCUGGAUCUCUCCACCACAACAGAAUGGCCAGAAAGAUUCCCAGCAUAAGGGGUUCAUCCCACAACAUGACAAAGUCUCUGAUUCUGAGGAAGAGGAGGAGGAAGAGGAAGACUACUCUAGACCCAAAUGGCAGGGGAUUGAAGCCAUCUUUGAAGCCUACCAGGAGCAUAUAGAAGAGCAAAACCUGGAACGGCAAGUGCUUCAAACUCAGUGCAGACGCUUGGAGGCUCAGCUUUUCUAGUCUCAACCCUGACAACAAGAACGGUUAAUGCACACAGGAACUAAGGAAUCAGAAGCAGAAGAUUGUCUCCGAAAGGGAACGACUUCAGGCCGAACUAGAUCACUUGAGAAAGUGCCUUGCGUUGCCUGCAAUGCAGUGGUCUAGAAGUUAUUUCAAGGGGUAUCCCAGGUGACACUCCCUUGCACUAGGCCGAACCUAUAGUAUAGAAAUAAUAAUCUAUUUUAUUACCUGGAAUAUUUAAUAUUUUUCACUGGGAGGUUUGAAGCUUAAAAAGAGAAAGAGAAUGUGCCAUGCAUGAAGCAAAGGACUUAUGGGAUCCAGGAAAAAAUCCACACCCUUCUCUUGACUUCAAUGCAACUGAUUUUUGUAAUUCUACAAUUAAUCCAAUUAGAAGAACUUUAGUUUUGGUUCAAUUUAAAAGUUUUAUUUUCCCUCUGUUUUCCUUCCUCCUGCCUUUUUAAAAAUAUUGUUUUAAAAUUCAGAGUAUCCACCAAUGACACUAAUAUCCACUUCCCAUUCAAGGGACUGGGAUCAUUUCCAUACAUAUGUUCUUUUUGUUGCCAUACUAGCACAAUUGCUAUUUUGGGGGAUCUGUCCAUUUAGUUGUGCUGAAAUAUGCUGUUUCUCAACCCAAGAGGAAACCAGGUACACAUCAAUUUUUAAAAGAGAAUGAACUGGAUAUUUUGGAUACAGAAAUAAAUAUCUGCAGAGUAAUGGGCCCAGCAGAGGAAAAAUGCAGCUUCCAAACUUGACUUCCCAUGCAUCCAUCAGCUUUCUGCUGGAAAUGCACUUCACUUGAAAAAUAAAGUGAAUAAAUAAACCUGAAGGUACAUUUUUAUUACUGGGGAGGGAUGUGUACAGAACAGUGAUCUACAUACAAUACACACAAAUUAUGUACCCCAGUGGGUUGGAUUUUCAUACAAAGAUUUUGCAAUUAAAGUUAAGAGGUGCUUCAGCCUUGUACUGUGUAUAUAUUUAAAAAAAGUUUUGUAUGUUUUUAUUACUUUAAUUAUUGUUAUAAAAAGCUUGCCAUUUUCAAUAUGUUUCUGCUUUUUGUUUUUUUGGCAAAAAUAGCUUGCUUUUAGUGUUUGUACUGCUGCUGGUCAGGACAUGAAACCGAUAUUGAAGUGUUUUUAAAAAGAAUUUUAAAGAAAAAGCUUUUCACUGGGGCACGUGCUAUCACUUUUAGAUAUUUUGCAAUGUGUAGCACCAGAACUCUCUUGCUUGAAGACCAGGGAUUUCUUUCUUUCUCUCCCACUCCCUACCUUUACUCUCCUCCACGAAGCCCUUAGAACACUGAAUGUUAGAUGAUCAGCUGAUGUUGAAAUGAGUUCAAUCUGAGAAUCCUAACAUUUUAGGCAACAAAAUGGUCAGAGCCCGUGAGCUUUACAGAAAAGUUACACCCUUCUAAGUCGACUGAAAAAAAAUGGGCUUAGAAGGGCGUAAUUCUUUUUAGGGUGCCACUGCUAGUGAAGGAUUGAUAUUUUUUCAUUGUACCAAUACAACUUGCAAUCACGCAACAAGCUGUGUCAGUUUUCUAAAAGUUCCACAGAAUUAGCGAAAUCCAGACAAAACAGCAAAUGGGGGGAAAACCCUCUGAAAUUUGUGCCUAUAACUAUCAGUGACUUUUCACAAAUGCACACCUAGGAGCACAGUCUCUUUAGUGUGAUUCAGUUUUGCAUUAAUACAGCACAUAUGCUAUGAUGUGACUGUAUAGUAAAAGACUCCACGGAUUUUCCCACUUCAUUGGCACCUGGUGUCCGCAAUACAUAGAGAAGACCCAAACUGUUGGUCCUGUCACCAUGGUCGCAUUAAUCAUAUGCAUACCCUUGCAGCGCGGGAUUACAGGUGCUAAAGCAUGUUCAAUUAUAAUGGGGGCCUAAGCACUGUACUUACCUAGUUCUGUGUUCUUGAGUCAAGCAGGUGAAUUGGAGUACACAUAAAGGCUAUAUGUGCCUUUUGAGAAGGCAUUUCUUGCAAUCUCUGGAUCUUGUAGCUAUUUCCAACAUUCAGUUUUCUGACUAGUUACCAAGAGUUGGGCUGGGUUAGUGCUUAUCUCCCUCAGACCCCUUUUAUGGAAAACAUUGGUAGUGAUUUUCCCCUCCAGUGAAUAGUUUUGCUCCCUUCCCAUUCAUAAACUAUCUAGUUGGUAGCAGUAGAACGCAGGGCCUCUUCACGAAGGUGAGAUGGAUCAGCUAGAACUGCUCCAUGUGACAAAUGAUGUUUGGUCUGCAAAAAUGCACCAUAAAAGCUCAAAGGCCUAGUUCUCACUUCAGUUCUUAGGUGGACAAUAGGUAUGACUCUACCAAGACUCUGUGAAGGGUAGAGACACAUAAUGUUUGUCUCAUUUUAAAAAUAAAUUUUAAAAGUGUUUUUUUAAGGGUCAAGCACCAAAUUGUAUGUGCAUAUGAUCUGGACACUUCCAAGCGGAAUGCAUUUACAAAGUGAGAAUUAAUCCUUGCUGUUUGUGUAGCAUUUUCCCCUCUGUCUUAAUUGCUCAUGCCCUCCCCUGACAGUUUACACAGGCAGAUGUACCUUAGCAGUAGCAAGUUUUUUUUUGAGAAUAGGAGACCAUGAGAAGAUUGAGAAUUUACCAGUUUAUAGUCAAAGUUCAUUUUUGUUCUUUUAAAAGUUAUUAUAGUAGCUAAUGAGCAUUGCUUUCAGUCUGUUACUGUUACUUUUUUGUUCCCCUGAAUGCUUACAAUGGUCAAUCUGCCGUGGCCAGAUGCAAAUAAUAGAACUUCUGUGCUUUUCACAGUUACACAGAAGUGGUAAUUGCAACAGGUGCAGCUUUUCUCUCAUUGUGAUAAAGUGCACCUCCCAAAAAUUUCCUCUUAAGAACAAUGGGUGAGAAGUACUGAAUCCCUGGGUUCUUCCUAAAGACAGUAUAUCUAUUACACCAAGGAACGACAAGUGGAGCAAAUUUGGAGACUUGUAUUAGAGAAUCUUAUUCCUGGAUGCAGCAAGAAAAAAACUGGAGUGUUUUCACUUAGCCAAGCAAUCUUUUGAACAUCUGAACCAGCCAUCUCCCAUAACAGUAUUCUGAACAUCUUUACCUGCUGCACUAAGACAAUCGGCUCUAAUAGAGCAUGAAAGAAAAAAGGGAAAGCCACUCAUUUUCCCCCCUCACUGACAAUAGCUAUUGUCGCUCAUUAGCCUAGAUAACAAAGCUCUCAAUAUUGAUUAUUGAUUCCAAUCUAUUCCACAAAGAUGUUUUACCAUAAGGCAGAAAAGAAACCUAAAUUUAUUUUAUAGCCCACUACGUAGCUCAGCUGGAAAAUAUAUCAGGGACACUGAGAAGCAUUCAAACUUAAAUGAGGGACCACAGCAAAACUUGCUUUGCAGUGGUUAAUCUGGCUUCGGGGGGGAGGGGGGGGCUGGUUUGUUUGUUUUUUUAGUAGGAAGCUCUUUCGCAAUGUAUUUACAAGUAGUUAACUAUGGCAGCAGCUCCAAACAGUAGCUAGCAUAUCAAAAGGACUACAGCACUGGUAAUAUGGGAAGGUCCAAUGCCUUUGAAAAGAGAUGCCCACAAUUCUUUAGAAAUGGGUGAAGAGAACAUCAGGUGUCUCUAAAUUUACUGACCAAAUAGCUUAAUACCCAGUUUUACAACUUAAGUGUUUUUCACACACCUCAUCAUACAGUUUAGCGUGGUUGGGUUUCUUUCAAGUCAGCAUGGAUCACAGCUUUUGUUUUUAAUUUUGCCAAUGGUAGGGAUGGGGAAGAGGAAUAUGGGUGUAUGAACAAGGAGGCCAUUAAACCCAUUAUCCAAAUAAUAAUAAUUGCACUAUGCAUAGCUAUUCUUACAAAUUAGUUAUGUGGGGUAGACUUUCUGGGAAGAUGUUCUCAAAACCUUGACUCUGUUUUUGCAAUUAAGAGACACAUGAAAUCCACCAGAAAAAAUAUGCACUUGAAUUCAUCCAAAUUUGAUGAAGUUCAGUUUUCAGGCAAUGAUACAUAAAUUGCUAGAUGAUUCAGAACACGUUUGAAAUAAUUAUUUCUCCUUCAUGUGAUGCAAACGCAUUAAAUCUGAGUUUAGGUGGUAUUGGUAGGAAAUCACAUUAUUGUCCCUCCCACUGUCCUUGAAAUGUUAUCUUCCCCUCUGAUAAUGGAAUACCUUCCCUUCCAUUCCACCAAGUCUUGCCCCACUGCUUAAAUUCUCAAACUACCACGUUUGGUCUCCUUUGCCUCCAGGGCCAUGCCGCUUGGUUGUUUGUAUGUAAUGUGCAGAAUUUCUAAAGCCAGAGCAUGAGGGGACAGCAGGAGGCUAAAGCCACACCUGCUGGGGCAGUUUAGAUGCUGUGAGACAAACCUGUUCUAAGUGUACUUGUUUGAAAUGUAAUGUAAUAUAUUAUUUGUUGAAUGUAGUAAUUAGGUAUUUAUGAAUAUAUUGCUGUAAUUUCUGACAACAUCCAAAAAUAAAAUGUUCCUAAAUCAUGA